GCGACAAACGUUUAUGCUGAUGCUGUGCCUGUUUCGUGCUUGCUCGCGGGUGAAGCAAGGCAAGCGAGGCAAGCAGCCGCCAGCGAGGAUCAACUCUGUUCGUGGCGGGGGUGGGCUCGAAGAAGUCACAUUCUUGUCUCUCGGUGUGGGGUGGGCCGACAAGGCCGACUCUGUUAAACUCUUGAAGCUCGGCACCGGCGACGACUGCAGACAGCAACAGCCCCACUUUAUCUCUCGGGCUGCGACAUUUGUCCAUGCUUGACUCUACACAAUCACUCACUUCGUCGUCACCAUGUCAUCGUCUGAAUCAGAACGUUCGCCCAGGUCAGAGCCGCAGCGCAUCACCGCUAUCCAGCCGGCACUCGCCCCGGCCCGCGUCUCAUCACAGGUCGUCCGCGCACUCAACACGACACGGGCGCUCGCUGACCCCGGCUACGCCCACGCCAUCAUCACGACCUACGUCCAGACCAAGAUGGGCCGCGGCAAGACGACGGCGCAGGUCAACGCCAAGCUGCUGGUGCUUGAGCGGGAUAUGCCCCAGUUCGCGAGCGACUUCUACGCCGUGCGAAAACAGUUUGGCCUGGGCGAUUCUGCCGUCCUCCCGGUGCCGACACACCGCCCAAGUGUGUGCCGCUGCGGCGCAAGUAGGAGCGGGACCGACGAGCCAGAGGACACCGCGAGGAGAAUGCACCCCCCUCCGCCGGCGUACCCGGGCCGCGACGGAGCCGAUUACAUUGGGCAGUAGGUAGCAACAGGCAACACGACGAAAAUAUCGAGAUCUGGCGAUCUGGCUAGACUGGCGAUCUGCUGCCACGUCUCGGCGGGCGACACGCAGCAGAUGGGCCGGACGGUGUACGAUACAUUCCUGGGACGGCAACGAGGACGAGCUAGCGACGAUCGAGGUGGGGCACGACGACGAGCGCUGCGGAUCCGGCGAGGUGGGCUAGGAGUCGAGCUGUGGACGUGGAGGUGCUGGAGCCAGAGCAAGAGGCAGGCAGACCCCGCCCCAGCAGCGGGGUGUGUGCAGUACGAGACAGGCAGGCAGGCAUGCGACUGUUGUGACACCAGAACACUCAGAAAACGGAUCUCGGCCCGGCGUUUCCAGCCUUGGCGUGGGGUAAGAGGUCCAGGGCAGACCCCGAAACCUCGUCGGCGGCGAGGUAUUCCCGUUCGUUCGCGCCCAUUCCCGUUCGUUGCUGUGCACUGACAGCUGCGAGUGCACGCAUUCCCGUCGUCCUGGCAUGCUCGGUCGGUGCAGCUCGUUCCAUGGCUCGUUCGGCCAUGGUGCGAAGAGGGCGCCGGCGGUGGAGGUGGG